AUGCGGUCGGUGAGCUUGGCGCUGGGCGCCGCGGCGUGGCUCGCGCCCGCCGCCGCCGCGACGGACGAAGCGUUGAUGGCCAAGUGGGGCGUCGACGCCGACGCCGUGGCCGCGAUGACGCGCGACCUCGAGCCGUACAGCGUCGCCUACGGCAACAAGCCCGCGCGGUCGCGCGCGGCGGAGAAGCGGGGCGUCACGGCGUCGACGCUCACGCUGGGCACGAAGCUCGUCGCCGAGGCGGGCUUCGACACGGCGACGUUCAACAACGACUGGUUCGCGCGCGUGCCCCUGCGGAAGGCGCUGGCCAAGGCCGCGUCCGACGGCGAGGCCGUGUGCCCCAAGUGGUGGGAGGACUGGGAGGCGUGCACGACGGACCCCGUGGCCACGGCGACGGCCGACGGCGCGACCAUCGACGUCGCCGUCGUCGUCGAGCACCCGGGCUACGUCGACGAGGCCAAGGGCGCGGCGGUGCUCCAGAGCUUCGUGUCGCGCGCGGGCCGCGCCGUCGUCGACGGCACGCUGGCGACGGACCUGCGGGACCACGCCAAGUCCAUCAAGGAGUACCUCGGCGAGAUCGGCGCCGACAUCUGGCGCCGCAGCGCCCUCCGGGAGCAGGCGACGGUCGACGAGCUCGAGCGCCGCGCGCUGCUCGACGUGUCCUACCGCCGCGAGCUCGCGGCCGCGAGCUCCUACUCCUACUCCUACUCCUUCGACUCCUACUCCUACUCCUACUCCUACUCCUACGACCUCGAGUUCGUCGUCGACAUCCCGGGCGCGUCCCAGUUCCUCGUCGUGUCCGUCGGCGCGCGCAUGUCGGCGAUGGGCGGCUACCGCGCGGCGUCGUUCAUCGCCUACUGGACGUCGCUGAUCCAGGCCUACCUGGGCUACACCUACAAGAACACGGGCGGCGCGUCGACGGGCUUCACGCCCUUCACGGACGACGAGGACGAGAUGGGCGCGACGGCGCAGACGUUCUUCGACAACGGCCUGAGUUCGGUGCAGAUGUCGACGUACCUGGACGGCUCGCCGCGCUACCUCAAGCGCCGCGAGAUGGACGACGCCUGGAUGUACUCGGCGUCGCAGAACUCGUGCCCGGCCUACCUCGGGGGCUGCGACCGCCGCCUCCGGACCGUGCGCAUGAACAACGUCGCCGAGCGCGCGGCGGAGAAGUCGCGGGCGCACGGCCGGCUCCUCGCGUCGACCUACGUCGACGACGAGGGCGUCGAGCGGUCCUGGGACGAGCUCAUCCUCUCGGAGGACGAGUGGGACGAGGCCAUGGCCGGCCCCGACGAGUACCAGGGCGGCGACCUCCUCAACGACGACUCGCAGGCGGUGCUCGUGACGGCCAUGGAGCUCGAGUCCGGCGUGCCCAUGCCCACGGACGACGAGCUCAGCGACAUCGAGACGGCGACGGUCGACGAGCUCAACGCGGCCAUCGCGUCGGGCGCGCUCGCGGCGUCCUACUGCGACGCCGCCGACGGCGACGACGCGAACGACUGCUCGGAAAUCGACAUCUUCUCGGACAUCACGGUGACCGCCGAGAUCAUCACCGUCUACGACGAGGUCGAGGAGGACUACUCCUACGAGUAUUCCUACUCCUACUCCUACUCCUACUCCUACUCCUACUCCUACUCGUACCUCUACUCGUACCUCGACGUCGCGUCGUACUCGUACUCGUACUCGUACGCCGAGGAGGCCGUGGCCAACGUGAGCGCCUACACGGACGCCUACACGGACUACCUCGUGACGACGACGACCAUGGACCAGGGCCCCAUGCGCGAGUACCGCAACACGGAGUUCAUCCAGGAGUGGGAGGGGUCGACGGACUACGGCGGCCUCAUCUCGGACGUCGGCGAGAUGGCGGGCGCGGCGCGCAACGUCUUCAACUACGCCUUCGCGUCGACGCCCGUGGGCACGGACGGCUCGGGCAACGACCUCUACGUCAAGUUCAACGAGGUGACCAUCAUGUGGGCCUAUUCCAUCGAGGACGGCGCGAACAGCUGCGUCAACUUCAAGUGCGGCGACGACCUCGAGGUCCGGCGGCAGCUUUUGUGGUCCAACGGCCGCCAGCGCGCCUUCGUCGAGGCCGAGGGCCGCCGGCGCCUCGGCGCGUCGAACUACUACGUCGACGACGAGGGCGUGAACCGGUCCUACGCGGACCUCAUCAUGACCGAGGGCGAGUGGGACGAGUUCAUGGGCGUCAACGCGACGAUCAUGGGCAGCUUCCUCAACGGGUCGUCGACCGUGUCCAUGAACACGGUCACGGCGUCCGAGGAGGGCGAGACCUUCGACAACACGUCGACGGUCGCGGCGGCCGCGGCCGCGAGCCUCAACGAGGCCAACAGCAACGGCGGCCUCGGCUGCGACUACCUCCAGCAGCUCGAGGGCGCCGACGCCGACUGCACGAACACGACGAACUUCUUCACCAACAUCGAGGUCGAGGUGACCGUCGUCCGCGUCGUCGAGGAGGACGUCGAGGAGAGCACGCCGUCGCCGACGGGCGCGCCGACGACCAUCGGCUUCGCCAACCUGUACUACCAGGCCUGCGAGGCCAAGGACUACCACUUCGGCAUGCGCUUCGACCUCCUCUACUGCAACAUCGAGUCGCCCGACUACAACGCGUACAUCGACGAGAACGGCCAGCUCAAGGCCUGGACCGAGGCCCACGAGGGCGGCUCCACGGGCUCCGUCUACGUGACCCACGACGACGAGGUCGGCGAGACCGAGUCGCUCACGGGCACCUUCGGCGAGGAGGUCGACGCCUAG